AGUCAUUCUUUUUGGUCCACGACGAACCACCAACUCACUACACUCUUUUGUUUAUUAUAGUCACAGCCAAAGAGUCUCUGAACAACGUAGAAAAAGGCCUUUCCCAGUCCGCCCUUAAUUACCACCCUGGGACCCCUUUCCUCCACUCGACGAUUUUAUUAUUUCAACCGUUUUUUAACACAUUAAUCCAAUCAAAAUGAAGGCCUCCAUCUCUCUCGCUGCCCUCACCGCCCUGGCGGCCACCGUCGAGGCUCAGAACUACCUUGGCUUCAACUCCGGUGCCACCAAGGCCGACCGUUCUGCCAAGUUCAAGGCCGACUUCGAGGCCGAGUUCAAGACUGCCCAGGGCCUCGUCGGUGCCCCCGGCGACUUCAACGCUGUCCGCCUCUACACCAACAUCCAGGCCUACUCCACCCAGGACCCCAUUGAGGCUUUCGAGGCUGCCAUUGAGACCAAGACCUACAUCCUUCUCGGUAUCUGGACUUCCGGCACCGACAACAUUGACAAGGAGAUCAACGCCCUGAAGACCGCCGUCACCAAGUACGGCACCAAGCUCACUGACCUCAUCAUCGGUGCCUCCAUCGGUUCCGAGGACCUGUACCGCAACUCCGUCACCGGUGUCAAGAACAAGUCUGGUGUUGGUGCGGACCCCAAGACCCUCGUCGGCUUCAUCGACGACUUCAAGACCGCCUUCAAGGACACCCCUCUGUCCAAGGUCUCCAUCGGCCACGUCGACACCUGGGACGUCUGGGGAAACUCCACCAACAAGCCCGUCCUCGACGCCGUUGACUGGGUCGGUGUUGACGAGUACCCCUACUACGAGAAUGACAAGGGCAACACCAUCGACAACGCUGGCAGCCUCUUCGACAAGGCCUACGAGGCCACCGUCGCCACCGCUGGUGGCAAGCCCGUCUGGGUCACCGAGACCGGCUGGCCUGUCACCGGCGAGACUUGGGAUGAGGCCGUCCCCAGCGCCAAGAACGCCCAGAAGUACUGGCAGGAGGUCGGUUGCCGCAAGCUCUUCAACAAGGUCCCCACCUUCUGGUACAACCUUCGCGACUCCAACCCCGACAACUCCAUGAAGUUCGCCAUCACCAAGGACCUGUCCACCACCCCUCUGUUCAACCUCACCUGUCCCACCACCUUCGACACCCCCUCCAGCACCAAGACCGCCUCUGCCUCCGGCACUGCCACCGCUAAGCCCAGCAGCUCCUCUGGCGCCAGCUCCGGCUCUGGCUCUGGCUCCGGCAACAGCACCAGCGGUGGAUCCGGUUCCGGUUCCGGCUCUGGAAGCGGCUCUGGCAGCGGUUCUAACUCGACCGUCUCCACCGCCUCUCCCUCUGCCACCUCCGGCUCCGGCUCCUCUGGUAGCGGAUCCGGCUCUGGAUCCAGCGCCAGCAGCACGCCCUCUGCGGUUGCUGGCUCUGGUGCUGCCGGCCUUCAGGUCUUCACCACCGGUGCUCUGGCUGUCGUUGCCGGCGCUUUCGCCCUCCUCUACUAAGAGGUUCGAGGAGUAGUGCACUCACUCGUCUUGUGGUCAAAUUUUUCUAGCGCAUUGGCAAGGUGUCUUUUGAUUCCCCCUUCUGGACAUGUGUUUUUUCGGUAUCAUAAUCAUGGAUAGAUUGAGGAUAGACUGAAGGAAAAAAAAUGUGAUUAAUCCAUACAUAAACUCA